AAGGCAGUAGUUGCCCACAAAGUGUAACUUAAGUCUUAAAAACCAUGAUUAUUUAAUAAAUGAUGCUAUUAAUAUUCUAAUAACCGUCAACCUGUCUCCUCUGUUAGAUGGCAGAGGGAGAUAAAAAGAAGGCUGCCAAGAAGAAGCACGGGAGCCGGAACCCGGUUCUGGCCCGGGGCAUUGGCCGCUACUCCCGGUCCGCUAUGUACGCCCGCCGGGCAAUGUACAAGAGGAAAACCAAGACCACCGAGACCAAGAUUGAAAAGAAAGUAAAGACCAGACCCCAGGCUACGGUGGUAAAGACUGUUGGAGGAGACAAGAAUGGAGGCACUCGCGUUGUUAAGCUGCGCAAGAUGCCACGCUAUUACCCAACGGAGGAUGUUCCUCGUAAGCUGAAGAGCCAUGGGAAGAAGCCCUUCAAGCUGCACAAGAGGAAUCUGCGUUCCUCUAUCACUCCUGGAACAGUCCUCAUUCUGCUUACCGGUCGCCACCGUGGAAAGCGUGUGGUCUUUCUGAAGCAGCUCUCAAGUGGUCUCCUGCUGGUCACCGGCCCUCUAGCCUUGAACAGAGUACCCCUGCGCAGGGCUCACCAGAAAUUUGUCAUUGCUACCGCUACCAAAGUUGACAUAUCUGGUGUAAAGGUUCCCAAAACUCUCAACGAUGCUUACUUCAAGAAGAAGAAACUGAGGAGGCCCCGUCACCAGGAGGGAGAGAUCUUUGAUACGGAGAAAGAGAAAUACCAGCUGACAGAGCAGAGAAAGGGAGACCAGAAGACCGUUGAUGCUCAGCUCCUGCCCCUCAUCAAGAAAGUACCACAGCUGAAAGGAUAUUUGCGCUCUUCUUUCUGCCUGUCAAACGGCGUUUAUCCACACAAGCUGGUUUUCUAAACAUGUUAAAUAAAGACUACAAUCUAAUGUCA